AUGGCCCCCUUCGACGGUACGGGGGCCUUCCUGAUGAUGGGCGCCCUGCUGCCGGUGAAGUUGCUGCUGAUCGCACUGAUGGUUAACGAAGGCCUGGGUGGACCUGCGCCUUCGUCCAACACAGGGAUGGUUGCGAAUGCGGUGCUGGAGGAUCCGGAGUUUACGGAUGUGAUAGAGAACAUAACUGUCCCGGCGGGCAGAAACGUUAAGCUGGCGUGCUCGGUGAAGAACCUCGGAUCGUACAAGGUCGCAUGGAUGCACUUCGAGCAAUCGGCCAUACUGACGGUGCACAACCACGUCAUCACAAGGAAUCCGCGCAUCAGCGUCACUCACGACAAGCACGAUAAGCACAAAACGUGGUUCCUGCACAUCACCAACGUGCAGGAGGAGGACAAGGGCCGCUACAUGUGUCAAAUCAACACGGUCACCGCAAAAACGCAGUUCGGCUAUCUACACGUCGUGGUGCCACCGAACAUCGACGAUUCGGUAUCGUCUAGUGACGUGAUCGUGCGCGAAGGUGCCAACAUGACGCUGCGCUGUAAAGCCACCGGAAGUCCUCCACCAUCGAUCAAGUGGAAACGCGACGACAACACAAAAAUUGCCAUCAACCGCAACAACAGUGUAGUCCUCGAAUGGGAAGGUGACGUCCUGACGCUGACACGCGUGUCCCGGUACGAUAUGGGAGCGUACCUCUGCAUAGCAACCAACGGAGUGCCACCGAGCGUUUCGAAGCGCAUUAAAGUCAGUGUUGAUUUCCCACCGAGCCUGUGGUUACCUCAUCAACUGGUCGGCAUUCCGGAGGGUUACAACGUAACGCUAGAAUGUAAUAUAGAAGCUCAUCCUACCUCACUCAACUACUGGACGCACGAGAACGAUCAGAUGAUUCACGAUUCGCCAAAGUUUAAAACGGAAACGAUCCCUUUAUCUCCUUCCUACAAGUCAGUGAUGCGAUUGCACAUAAGCAACAUACGCGAGGACGAUUUUGGCGUGUAUAAAUGCAUUGCUAAAAAUCCACGCGGCGAAACGGACGGCAGCAUCCGGUUGUACUCAUCGAGUCCACCGACCACGAUAGCGCCGUCAACUACGGAAACCAUCACAACAACUUUAUCGUCGACGCGAGCCUACGAGCUUGCAUUCGGGUUGUCCACGAUGACGAUAAACCAUUUAGAUAAAGGGAUCCGCUACCAGUCGGACUACAAUCAGGUGGACCGUUCCGAGCAUAAGGCCAGCGACUCGAGGUCAAACCGGGACAGAUCAGUAGACGACUCUCCGGAAGCAAACGGUGCUACAAUCGCAUUCGUUCGAUGGACGACAGUGUUUGCGCUAAUUUUGCAUUUGCUUCUUCCACUGUCUCAGUGA